AGAGCACUUUCACUCUCGCCACACGCUUCAGCAGCUGAACCCAUUACUGCUGUGUCAACCCACGUGUUGACAUACUUGUUCAGCGUGUGGAAAGAUCCAAUGAUACUCUGCCAGAAUGAGUCCAGGGGGAAAUGUCACCUGCCAUCCUGAGAUCAGUGAAGUUGCAAACGCAUUUGUGAUAAUUUUCCUGACUAUCGAGACUCUGGUGGGGCUGCCAGGCAGCAUCCUCGCGCUGUGGAUCUUCUGCCAACGUAUGAGGUUAUGGAAAUCCCACGUCACCUUCCUCUUUAACAUCUGUCUGGCCGACUUCCUGCUCUUCCUCAGCGUGCCCUUCCGCAUCGACACCCACUUACGAAAAGACGACUGGCAGUUCGGGUCGAUCUGGUGCCGCUUGAACCUGUACAUGCUGUCCAUCAAUCGAUCUGCCAGCAUUUCGUUCAUGACGGCCGUGGCAAUCGACCGCUACCUGAAGGUGGUCCAUCCGCAUCACCCCAUCAGUCGAAUGACCUCGACUCAGGCGCACAAGCUGUCAGCGCUGAUAUGGCUCUUCGUGAUUUUAUAUCGGAUUCCGUUGUUGACGAUCGAUCUCCUCCAUCAGGUGGGAGAGAAGAAAAUAUGUCGCAGCUUCCACUCCUACAAAGUUGUCCCUAAGGCAAUAAAAAUCCACUAUGUAGCCUACGUCCUAGAGUUUGUCCUGCCUUUGUUUUUGCUCAUUUUCUGCUCCGUCAAGAUCGCCUGCCAAAUACGAAGGGUUCAAAUGGAGAAAAAGAAAGUGCAGCGUGCCAUCAGAGCUGUAAUGACCAUCAGUAUGGUGUUCAUCCUCUGCUUCAUGCCAGGCGUCUUCACAGGCCUGGUAGGGCACUACAUAAAGACAUUCCACCCAGAAGCGUGUGAAUCCUACACGUUAUGGAUCAAUCUCUUCGUGGUGAGCCUUGGCUUCACCUACCUCAACAGCGCCUUGGACCCCGUCAUCUAUUUCUUCUCCAGCUCCGUGUUUCAUGACACUCUGACGAACUCCUUCAGAUGCAAGAGAAGCAUCAGCGAAGAUAGCACCCUAUAACCGCUGACAGCCUUAUUCCAUGGAAACAACAAACUUCUUCUUCUUCGUGGGAUUACAGAUCUACAUGCAGCCCGGAUACCUAAGAGCCACUUUUACACACAAGUUACCCAUAAAAAAACACUUAAUCUAACAUGACAGAACAGAACAAAUCCAACAGAUUUCUGCCAGGCCAGACCAGAACCUUUUCUUUAGUGCUGAUGUUUUACAGUGUGCAAUUGAUUGGUGGAAAAUGAAGCAUUUUCCAAGCGUCUCAACUCUAAAACAUAUCAGUUGUAAUUUGUGGGAAGGAUGUCAGACAGUUUUUCAACUGAUGAUCUUGUAAGAGUACAAUGCAUAAAAUCUGCAUUUACUCUUGUAAUUGCAGAUUACAAGAGUAAUCUAACAGAGUUUAUAUAUUUAUGUAUUUCCCACCUUUUUGCUGGACAAUUUCCUGGACAAUUUCCUCAAAAAAACUAUUAACGCUGAGAAUCUCUUGGUAAUUCUAAGGAAAAAUACUCAGAAAACCAUUCAAUAUUGUUUUAUUUUUACUCUGUAUUUCAAACUUUAGUCUGAUGCUUGAUUUUCCUAAAUAACCAAAUUUGAAGCCAGUGACUUACUGCCAAUCACUAACAUAUUUUAAUAAGAAAUUAACCAAUGAAUAUGGUGGCCGAUCCACAAAAGUACAUUUGCUGCUGAAGUUUAAAAAACUGCAGAACUAAGACAGUUUGUGUCACAGCUUGUCACACUGUGUUAAAAUAUGUUGAUCUCAAUUGCUGCAAAAUGCUGCAAUUUAUUUAAUACAUGAUUUGCUUUUCCCUUGAAACUUUUCCACAGCAUCUUGAUGAGACAUGCAACUCAAGAAAGUGUUGCUAACUGCUAGCCAAAGCCAUCUCUGAGACACUACUUUUACAAUUUUAAGCUAGAAUUGUAUUUUUAUAAACUUUUAACCCGCUGACACAUUUGGAUAAGACAGUUAUUUCAUAAAUGUCUGUACUUAUAAACAGGAAGGCCAUAAUAGUUUAAUCAUCUUACCUCUUUUUUCAUGUGAAACACAUGCUAAGCUAAUAAACUUAACUUCUCAGACAACUAUCUAAUACAGUAGUAAUUACAUAUAUAACAAUAGAAGUAAAUUAAUUUUUCAGCAUUCCCUAUUUUUUUAGCGCUAGAUUUAUAUUAUGUGUAAAGAGAUAAUUGUUACAGGAGUCAUGCCAACACUGUAUUUAUGUAAAUAACCAUAAAAAUACUAU